GUCUGAAGCUUCACUCAAGUCCCCACAAUUUCAUCUCACGAUACUUACCUACUCCAAAUCCGCAACGUCACACGAGGACUCGGAAGGGGUCAACUUGUAUACUCAUAUCCAUUCCUUCGGUUACUUUUCCAUCUUCUUUUUGGAUAUCUCGCUCAAAAGAACUACCCGACUUUCAAGAUGAUGGGUGGACACCAUGACCUGGAUGCGCAUGAGCAGCCGUCGGAUGAGCUGCGGCUCAAGUGGAAGUCGUUCGCCAAAGUCGACCAGAAAAUCGUCAUGAACAGCCCCGAGAUCGAUGACUUGCGCAGUCCCGAAAAAGCCCCCGAGUUUGUGCUCGCUGGCUCCAUUCCUACCGAAACCUUGAACAAGUCCUUCAGCUAUAUUUGCCCCGAGCACUCACCAGAGUUCCGCACAGACAAGGACGCCCCCAUCUAUUACCAUCCUCUCUUGCCUGGUCUCUUGAUUCUCCCAAAUCUCAUUCCCCCCGAGGUCCAAAAGACGCUCCUGCGCAACAUCAUUCACCGCGAUCUCAACCAACCUCACCACCAGACCAACAUGCAUCUCCAUUUCAAGCUCCCCUACCCACCCGUGGAUCCCGAAACAGGCCUUCAGGAAUCCUUCUUCUCCUACCCUCCAUAUUCCGAGACUUGUUUUGAGCCAAAGGACCCUUCUGUACACAAGCCUCUCACUUUUCAGCAAGUCUUCAACCGCAAGCUACACUGGGUCACCCUGGGUGGACAGUAUGACUGGACGAAUCGCGUUUACCCGGGCGAGCUGCCCCCCGAGUUUCCCAAAGACAUUGCCGGCCUAUUGGAGACCCUGUUUCCCGACACUCUGGCCCAAGCGGCCAUUGUAAACUUCUACACCCCCGGCGAUACCAUGAUGAUGCACCGCGAUGUGUCAGAAGAGACCGACAAAGGCCUGGUCAGCUUGAGUAUAGGCUGUGAUUCGCUCUUCAUGAUUUGCCCCGAGGACUGGGGCAAGGUGUCGGAAGAUAAAAAGCAAAAGGGAUCCGCAGAAAGUGAAAGUGGCAAGAGCGACAAGAAGUUUUUGCUGCUAAGGCUACGGUCCGGCGAUAUCAUUUACAUGACCAAGGAGUCCAGGUUUGCCUGGCAUGGUGUGCCCAAAAUCUUCAAGGGCACCUGUCCCGAGUGGCUGGAGGAUUGGCCCGCCGAAGAUGGAAAGUAUGAGGCUUGGAGGGGCUGGAUGAAGAACAAGCGCAUCAAUAUCAAUGUUAGGCAGAUGAGGGACUGAGCCGAAUAACGCCACUAUCUUCAGCCACGGGCAUGUUCAGUCAACAGAAUGCCAAGUGGACAAAGGCUGUCGUAGAGCCAUGGCCGUCACCAUCCCAUUGUAAAUUGUCUGUGUCUCGUUCUCCAGGACACAGUUGUUUCUCCCUUUUACCUCUCAGCCAUUAGAGUUUUUCUGAGACCGGUUUUACUGCCCAUA